GUAACUUCAAGCGCCGAGCGGGUUUGUCCGCCGCCGCCCAUUGUUAUUGCACUGAACCACCACCGACGUCGACGUAACAUCGUUAUGGCAUACACUCUUGACUUCAGUACCCCCGUCAAUACGGCUCUCCUCAUUUACAUUCUCUACUCUGUGCAGAAGAUCGUUUUCCCUUCCACAUCCAUACCUAAAACAGUCCCCAGCGAAUUCAAGCAUGGUUAUUCAUGGAUGCCUAAGGAACACCCUCCCACUGUGUUGUUCAAGACAUAUACCCCGAAGACACUGGAACCAUUCAGUGGCAAGGACGGAGGUAGAAUUUUGCUCGCCAUCAACAGCAUCGUAUUCGACGUAACAGCGGGGAGGAACUUUUAUGGGCCAGAUGGCAUGUAUGGCAAUUUUGCUGGUCGUGAUGCAUCUCGUGGUAUGGCCAAGCAGUCCUUUGAUAUGGACAUGUUAACAGCGGUUGACCAACCUCUUGACAAGCUCCAGGAUCUCCGACCAGAUGAAAUCGAGAACAUGAGAGGAUGGAUUGACCACUUCUCGAAUAAAUAUAUCAUUUGCGGAAAGCUUGUUGAGAAUGAUGCUGCGUGAUUGAAUUUGUAUCGUGUCGUGGAUAACUCUCGUGUGUAAUCCAUUGAUAAACCAGAUUAUGUGCUUGCAGUCUCGACGAGUCCGUGUCAUUUCCCGCUUUCGUGAUUCUGCACAAUACAUAUCCAUGUACCAUAGUGUCGAGGUUAUGUGUGUUACAUAUAUGUAUAGAAUUUGAUGAUGACAUUUCCGAAAC